UAUAACAUAUGAAAAGUAAACGCCGGUGAGCUUGCGACAACAAAGGAAACAUGGGCUUAUGAUCCUGUUUGGGCCAUAGUACUGUAUCAAAAGCUUCAAUUUAUCAUAUUUAAUUACUUUUAUAGAGAUAUAUGUAUAUUUAACCGGUAACGAUGGGUCGACGUGCAAACCAAUUUACGCUCCUCCUUUGGAAGAAUUACGUUCUUCAGAAACGUAGGAUGAUAUGGACUGUUAUUGAAAUUGCUAUGCCGGUUGUCUUUGCUGUCAUCUUGAUCGCCAUUCGCACAAAAGUAGCCUACACUGUUCAUCCAAAUGCAACAGAAUACCAGGAUUUCUCCAUUCGACACUUGCCAUCUAAUCUGAAACCAACACCAUAUGAACAUCAAUGGGAAAUAGCAUACUCGCCCAACAAUCCAGUACUUAAAGAAUUAAUGAGGGACGUUAUGAAAAGCUUAGAAGGAUCAUUUGUAUCAAUUGAUAAUGCUACUGGUUUCGAAAAUGAAGAGGAGCUCCUUCAAUAUGCUGCUAACAAAAGUAUGGAAGUAAAUGCCACUUUUUUGGGUGGAAUCGUAUUUGUUGACAAUUUUGAUAACAAAAACGUACUUCCAAAGAACAUCACGUACAGUAUACGGUUGAAAGCCAGCCAAGUAAACGUUCCUAUUUCGGAUGAAACGAGCGGUAACAGUAAUAUAAGUAGGUGGAAGACGAAUAUGUUGUAUCCACUCGUUCAAGUGCCAGGACCAAGAGAACCUGAUGAUAAACAUGGAGGGGAACCAGGUUACUGGCGAGAAGGAUUCCUAUCACUUCAAAAUGCAAUUGAUAAGUCGAUUCUGAAAGUAAGCAGCGUAGUAACCAACAACAUCUCGGUUAAUAUGCAACGAUUCCCAUAUCCACCGUACAAUGAUGAUCUUUUCAUCCUUGUUAUUCAGUCUCAACUACCGGUGCUUCUUCUCAUCAGCUACAUCUUAAACGCCUUAGACAUCACCAGAAGUAUUGUCCAAGAGAAAGAGAAAAAACUUAAGGAAUCCAUGAAAAUGAUGGGCUUGAACAAUUGGUUGCAUUGGUCGGCAUGGUUGACCAAAUGUUUUCUGUUCUUGGCUAUCAGCACAUUCUUCAUGACAAUCCUGUUCUGGGUCAAAGUCGGGGACAAGGGAUCGGUCAUCAGCAACAGUGACCCAACGGUGAUCUUUGUCUUCUUCCUUGCUUUCGCCUUGGCCACCAUUAGUCUCAGCUUCACAGUCAGUGUUUUUUUCUCAAAAGCCAACACAGCUGCAGUGGUGGCAGGAGUUGUUUGGUUCUUCACUUACAUACCGUACAUGUUUCUGAUCAACCGCUACAGUAGUCUGAGUAGAGCGUCUAAGUUUGGUGCUUGCCUCCUUUCCAAUACUGCCAUGGCUUUUGGUGCCUUCAUUAUUGGCUUAUUUGAGGGAACAGGUGAAGGAGUACAGUGGAGCAACAUCGCCAGACCAAUCUCAACCGACGACAACUUUACUUUCCUCGAUGUAAUAGUAAUGCUUCUUGUGGAUGCUGUUCUUUAUGGUGUUAUCACAUGGUACAUCGAGGCCGUAUUUCCAGGAGAAUUUGGUAUUCCAAAGAAGUGGUAUUUCCCAUUUAUGAAAUCCUACUGGUUUGGAACACAAGUGACCAAUAAGCCACAGCAAGAAGACUAUGAAAACACCAGAGACUCUGAAUAUUUUGAGAAGGAUCCAGUGGAUUCGGUUGCAGGAAUCCAGAUCAAGAAACUGAAGAAGGUAUUUAAAGGCAAGAAAGUGGCUGUCAAUGCGAUAUCACUUAAUGUUUUUGAGGGUCAGAUAACCGCACUUCUCGGUCAUAAUGGAGCGGGAAAAACAACGACCAUGUCAAUGCUGACCGGCUUAUUCCCACCAUCUGAUGGCACAGCUGUCGUUAAUGGUUAUGACAUAUGCGAGGAUAUUGAUGGUGUACGUUCCAGCCUUGGACUUUGUCCACAGCACGAUGUUCUAUUUGAUGAUCUGACUGUGGAAGAACAUCUAUAUUUUUUUGCAAAGCUAAAGAAUUGUCCAAAAGGACUUGUCAAAGCUGAAGUUGACAAGUACAUUUCAUCUCUAAGACUUGAAGACAAACGACAUGUUCGGUCUAAAGCGCUGUCGGGUGGCAUGAAGCGCAAGUUGUCAGUCGGAAUAGCUCUCAUUUCUGACUCAAAGAUAAUAAUUCUAGAUGAGCCAACCUCUGGAAUGGAUCCGGCAGCACGUCGAUUCACUUGGGACAUUCUCCAACAGCACCGUGCAGGCCGCACAAUCCUUUUAACAACUCAUCAUAUGGACGAAGCGGAUCUUCUAGGGGACCGCAUUGCUAUUAUGGCUGAGGGGGAACUGCAGUGUUGUGGAUCAUCUUUGUUCCUUAAAAAUCGAUACGGUGUCGGCUAUCAUAUGACGAUUUCAAAAGCGGAAAAUUGCAAUGUCGCAGAGAUCAAAAACAUGAUCUAUUCUUCUAUUAAGGACUCGGAGCUGGAGAAUAACAUCGGAAACGAACUGACUUUCAUCCUUCCAAAUGAUCAAGUAACCCAUUUUGAAGGUCUCUUUAAUACAAUGGAGAAAAGACGGGAGGAGCUUGGAAUCAGAAGUUACGGCGUAUCUGUCACCACAAUGGAAGAGGUGUUUCUAAAAGUUGGAAACCAGUCACGCUUCACUGAAAAUGAUGACAGCAGUGGUUACCGUAGCAAUGCCUCCUCAAUCAGCAGUGAGGAAAGUUUGUCUGUUGAAAGGUCACAUGUACAGUCCCACGCUCAUGAUGAGACAACCCCUCUACUGUCGACAUCUGAUCCUGAAGUUGGUUUUGUAACGCAUGCUUUUCGAAAUUCAGGAAUUUACUUGUAUAUCCAACAGUUUUAUGGAAUGUUUGUUAAACGAAUUAUACAUACAAGACGUAAUCUGCUUGUAACGUUGGCCCAGCUGUUAAUCCCGCUAGUUUUCACCGCGUUUGCCCUUUUAGCAGUCAACUCAUUUCCGCCGCCUUCCGAUUUACCAGCAUUAACCUUGAAGCCAGCAACUUACGGUGCCACCAAAGUGCUUUACUGCCAUGACGUUCAUUCAGAGCGGUAUAGCCAAUAUUCUAAAGCAUUUGCCGAACAGUUUAAUGGGACUAUCACGAAGACUGAGAAUCUUAACAAAGAGAAUGACACCUGUGAUAUGGAAGACGUGAUCAUUCGUAAAAGCAAUAAAAACAUGGUAACAUUUAAUAAUGAAUAUUUGAUAGCGGCUGUGUUCAAAAAUAAUACAGAUGAUAAUCGUUUAAACGGGAUUGCAUUCUUUAACAAUCAACCAUGGCACACGCCUGCUAUUGCCCUUAACGCGUACAGCAAUGCCCUACUUAAAGCAUCUUUGAACAGUUCAUAUUCUUUGAUGACAAUCAACCACCCAUUGCCACGUUCAGUGUCUGAGAGAGCAGACGACGAAAUAAACGGUGGAUUCACAACAGGUUUUGCGAUUGCGUUCGAUAUGGUGUUUGGAAUGUCGAUACUUGCAAGCACGUUUGUUGUUUUCCUAAUUAAAGAGCGUGCAACGAAAGCAAAGCAUAUCCAGUUUGUAAGCGGCGUGCAUAUCACCAAUUUUUGGUUCUCAACUUUUCUUUGGGAUCUCAUUAAUUACAUGAUAACAUGCUUACUAAUCUUGAUAGUUUUCUUCGCAUUCGACGUUGAGGCCUAUACGGAAGACGGCAGGAUCGCCUACGUCCUCUUACUCCUCUUCCUCUACGGCUGGGGUAUCAUACCCCUGAUGUAUCUCUUCUCGUUUGUGUUUAAGACGCCAUCAGUUGGGUUUGUCCGCAUGACAAUCCUCAACAUUCUCCUAGGUACCACCGCAUUUCUUGCUGUGGAGAUUCUGGAAAUUCCGGAAUUGAAUUUGAUGACAGUUGCGAAUACGCUUCACUGGAUCUUCCUGUUCUCUCCAUCAUUUUGUCUCGCAAAGGCUAUGAAUGAUAUGUACAUGAACUAUCAGUUCUUGAAAAUCUGCAAAUCAAGUCCUGAGGCUGAGUUUUUCUGCAAAUAUUCAGACAACCCAAGCAUUAGAUAUGUUGACAAUUACCUAGAUUGGGAGACUCCUGGUAUUGGUCGUGACCUGGUAUUUUUAGCUAUCGCCGGUGUUAUAUACUUUGCCUGGGUGUUACUUAUAGAAUUUGGUGCUUUUAGGUCGUUAAGGUACAUGAUCUUUGGCAAAUGCUGCAAUCCGAAAAUUCAAGCACCCACUGAACCAGAACCAAUGGUAGAGGAAGACGAAGAUGUAUUGAAAGAGCAAGAUCGAAUACUGUACACUACCGUAGAUGACCUGUUCAAAACCGAUGCUCUGAUCAUUAAGGAGCUUCGAAAAGUGUACCCAAAGAAAGGAGGGAAAGAUGUGGUGGUGGCCGUUGACAACAUGUGCCUCGGGGUUCCACAUGGGGAAUGCUUUGGACUCCUAGGAAUUAAUGGUGCUGGCAAGACGACCACCUUUAAUAUGUUAACUGGUGAUGUUCCAUUAACUGCUGGAGAUGCAUUCAUUGAGAAAUUUAGUGUGAAGUACAACAUUCAAAGGGUGCAACAGAAUAUUGGCUACUGCCCUCAAUUUGAUGCUUUGAUUGAUGAGAUGACUGGUAGGGAGACGUUGUUCAUGUAUGCUAGGCUUCGUGGCGUUAAGGAGGCAAUGAUACCAAAGGAAGUUGAGAAGCUUUUGAGUCUGUUUAGCCUCAAUGUACACGCUGACAAACAGACCAAGGCUUACAGUGGAGGAAAUAAACGCAAACUGAAUACGGCCAUUGCAUUGAUAGGGGAUCCACCAGUCGUUUUCCUUGAUGAACCCUCCACUGGGAUGGAUCCUGGAACACGACGGCUACUGUGGGAUUCCAUUUGCCAAAUAAGAGCAUCCGGACGCUCCAUUAUUCUGACAUCGCACAGCAUGGAAGAGUGUGAAGCUCUAUGUACUCGUCUUGCAAUAAUGGUGAAUGGAAAAUUUAAAUGCCUUGGUAGUAUACAACAUCUGAAAAGCCGAUUUGGCAAGGGCUACACGCUACUAGCCAAGGUUGCCCCAGAUGGCAGUGGACAGAAUCUAUGUCAACUGAAAGUGUUUAUUGAAGAAAAAUUUCCAGAUAGCAAACUUAAAGAUGAGCAUGAAGGUUUGGUACAUUACCAUAUACGUAGCUCAGACUUAAGUUGGGCUUCUGUGUUCGGUACCAUGGAGAAGGCGAAGGCUGUUUACAACAUCGAAGACUAUUCUGUCAGCCAGACCACGCUUGAGCAAGUUUUCCUGAAUUUUGCCCGUAAUCAACGAGAUGAGGAUGACUGAAUUGAUGUACAAGGGACACAAGUGGCAGAGGGGCUUAAAAUUCCCCAUUGAAUAGGCCACCCCAAUUUCCUGUUGGACAUGACUUGUUGGACCAAAACAAGAAUUCUUUUCUUUUUGAAAAAUUUCCCUCCUCAUACAAAUGCUGGCACUGCCACUAGCUGACUCACAAAUCAUGAAAUAUUGGCUUACGUGCAAAUACUGAUGAAAAUCAUGCAAGAGGCUAUUGUGUAAUAUAUGUGCGAUGCAGCUUGAUAAUAUUGUAUGUUUGCUGCAGUCCAUUUUAUAAUACUGUAAGAUAUGAAUUGUUGGAGAAUGCUUACCUUGUGAUUUCCUGUCAAAUCCUAUAUUUUACCCUUUCUACAAUCCCAGAGUUCAAAUAAACAAAUAAAGCAACUAUGCUCGCUAACCAUUUCACAGUGAUUUUCAUUAAGCUGCUGUAUUUGCUAAUACUUAGUGCGAGACUAAGAUUUAAUAGUCUGUGUAUAAAGCUGGGGGCUCACUAUGUCGUACAACGAAUCUAACUCCGCUCCGUGUGACCGCUAAGACGGCAUGACGCCGUCUGUUGAUUGUCGGUAGUAGUUUGAGUUGAUCAGCAUUAAAACCGACCCAUUGAGUGUGCACCAUGGCGUUGUGUUCUCCAUAGAAUCUCUACAAUCGUCGACUGUCAGAUAAAGUGAGUUCUCAGCUGAACACUUAAAAGAUGCGCUCAAUUAAACAAGCCAAUGAAAUAGAAAUUACAUAAAAUUAUUAUUUUAUUAUUACAUGAGAAAUUAUGAAAAAAUAUAUAGAAUGGCCGAGACUCACAAGCAGUGGUGACACAUGACAGCCGACCUUUGAAUCAAAGAUGGCAAUACUUGUUGAUGAUAUAGAUAUAUUUUUAAUAAUUCCAUCUGGUUUUAUUUAUUUAAUAAAUAAAUUGAUGUUAGUUUACAAUUAUCUUUAGUUAGUGAUGAAGUCUCUAAUUGGUAAUUGUGCAAUAAAUUAUGCUAUUUGCUACAAUAAUAGCAAAUAAUCAAAUUAAAUAAUUUUAUAUAUUUUAAUUGCAAUGCAUAUGUUUUAUAUAAAUUAAUUUUCUAAAAGAUUCCAGGAUGCAUAUAUUUAAUUGCAAUUAUUUUUACAUAAAUAUCGAGAAUAUAUAUAUACAAAUAAUUUUGUAGUAGGGCCAAGCUUCUAUAGUUUUAUUGUACAAGAUGAGCGAAGAAUUUUUAGUGUUGUUUAUUUUUAAACAAUUAUUCCAUAUACAUGUUUUUUUUCUUUCAUGUUCAGCUAUCGAGUAAGGCUGUUACUCUACUUAAGUUUUAUUACUCGGAUUGGAGUUAUGUUGAGUUGAUGAACAUAAUAUGCAGUGCAUUUUAAACUAUAAACAAUGCAAUUUUUAAAACAUUCUUUUAGGUAGAUGUGUGUAGAAGUUGUCAGAGAAUUAUAAAAAAAAUUGAAAAUAUUCUAUAAAUUGCUACUGUAUUGUACUUAUAAUAAGAAUGAGUCAAAAUAUUUUUAAAAGAUGUAAUUUUUAUAUAGAAUUUAACAGUUUAGUGGCAUUUUUGUUCAGCAUUUAGUUAAGUUGUAAGAUUCUUGCAUUUUAUUGUUGUGUCUCUAUCUGUUAUAACAUUGUAGUUAAAGUAUUGUUGUCUGCUGGUGCUCUACUGCACCUACUGUGGGGCCCCAGGAGCCGAGCUUAAAUUUCCAAGUUGAAUGACCACUAUUGCUAAUAUAUCCUUUUUCUCAAAAUCCCAAGUACUGUACAAGAUAUCUUAUAAGAAUUUUGAGCUGUGUAACUUAGAUUCAGUCCCCACUCUCAAAUGUUGUAUGACAAAUAAAUGUGAUAUGCCUAUAUUUGGGUGUAAUAUAAUGACAUCAUCAUGCACAUGUAUGGGAUAGGCACAUCACAUAAAUACUGUACAUACAUAACAUCAUUUAUAUUGCGCUAUUUCAUGAAGAUCAGAGCGCUCAAAGCGUGGACUACAGUUGCUUAUACAGUGACUUUCUUCUCCCCUGAGGGUCCCUUUGUGUCUGAGCUGGCUGGUAAAUCAGUGCCAGCUACUCUCGUCUGUCCACAACAGGAGCUGUAUGGGCCAGUAUACCAGGGUAACCCCCUACUCGUCUCAAAAGAUUUACUGGGUCCUUUAUAGUGCACAUGACUCUAUUGUCCACACUGGGCCUACGGUUUAUAGUCCUUAUCCGAGAAGACUUGUUCCACCUCCAGAAUCAUAUGUUGUGUAAAUUACUAUUGCAGGGGUAGGUAAACAAUACUAUUGCAGGGGGGUGAAGUGGACUAUGGGGAGUGAUUUGUGCCAAUGUUUUAAAGUUUUGGCCUCAGAUGACAUUUCUUUUAAAAUUUGCUCUAUACUUUUCAUUCAUAAAUAUGCUUAUUCAUAUUUUGUAUUAAUAUUUUUUGCAACAAGUUUUAUUUGUGAUUAGAAGAUUUUUUACCUGAUUUGUAAUAUGUAAUAUGGGGAGUGAUUUGUGCCAAAGUUUCAAAGUUUUGGCUUCAUGUGACAUUUCUUUUAAAAAUUGCUAUAUACUUUUCAUUUAUAAAUAUGCUUAUUCAUAUUUUGUAUUAAUAUUUUUUGCAAUAAGUUUUAUUUGUGAUUAGAAUUUUUUUACCUGAUUUGUAAUAUGGAAUUUUUAUUUUUUUUAAAAUAGUCUUUAUAGAUUCAGUGUUUAGUUUAAUAAAGAAAUUUAGUAUAGUUUAUAUUUAUAGAUUUCCAAUAUUGAAUGCGAGAUUGUUAGACAGUAAGACCUAGGUUAUUUAUUGUAAUUAAGAUUAGAUUGAUCAUAUACUGAUAAUUAAAAAUUAUAAUGCUGAAUUUGAAAUACUUAAGUUAAUAUUUGAAGAAAAAAAAAAUUGUUGACAAUUUUGUUAUUGAUAUAGAUAUCAGUACUGAAGGGUCCACUGAUUAAUCUCAAAUAAGAUAGUAUAAUACAUACUCCAAGUAUCGAAAUGCAUGCCAUCGUGUCGGGAUUCAAUAUUUCGACAUUAAUUAUGUCAUCAUCAGUACUGCUUUCCUUGUUUAAUAUUAAAGGGGUGUGUCUUGAGGGCGCAGGAAAUCCCACAGCACGUCAUGAUUAAUAAGGAAGAGGAAAUGUAAAUUGUACGUUGAAUGUAAUAAAGGAAAUUACGCCAAUCAAA